UAAAGACCCGUGACCUCCCAUUUUCGUGACUCUUAGGAAAAAGAAGAAUUGGCUCUCAAACUCCUCCUAGAAGCCGUCGCCGUCGCCGCUAUUUCCAUUGGCACAAGAAGCUAUCCGAUUUAGAGUGAAUCUUUCUUUGCAUCAAUCAUGGAUGCCAUUGAGCUGCUAAAUCGUUUACCCUAUGUUUCACUACAAGAUGUGGAGAAGUUUUUCCAUUCCCGUGAAACUCCCAGCAAGAUCGAUUGCCUUGUGUAUGCCAUUAAGCUUCUAACAAAGUAUCCCUAUGCUACAUCAGAAGAUGUGAAGAAGUUUUUCCUCACUAGUGACACUCUCUGCACUAUUGAUAGGGUUAUUCCUUAUGUCAGUAAGGCACGAGAAACCAAAAAAAUUAAAGGCAGAGAGCAUGUUGAAGCUGGGCCUUUACUUCAUCUGCAUUCGGUACAUAUACAACCAAAAGAAGCUCUAAAAAACAGACCACUCAUUGUAUUUGGUACACUUCGUGUUAAGUAUCGAAAUAUCAGGAGUGGAGAACUGAUGCAGCUUGAUAUUUACAAUCGGAAUGCCGAUGAUGGCGACCGCAUCAGCCCAACUGGUGGUGAUUUAACUCUUGAUUGGCCUGAUACUUUUCAUAAUCAUCAAGAUUUGUGGAUGAGAUUGCACGGAACAACUAUAGGAGUGUAUCUCUAUCUCAAAAUUGGGGAUAAGGUUGUUCUGUUUGCUCGUGAGGAAAUUUUGGUGGGGGAUGCAACUGAAUGUGAUUUUGAAGAAGUAAGAUCAAGUGCAUUUCAUGGCACAAUUUGCUCAGCUACCUUGAUUUAUAUAGCCAUGCCAUUUGCUGCUCUUUGCCGAGUGCAUGUUGGAUUCACUAGCAAAGACCAGGGCCCAGUUGUUAAUGUUGCUGGAAAAAUUGUUGCGCGAUAUAAGGGAACUUAUGGCAACUAUAAUUCAGAAGCAGAAUGACUUUGAACCAGUGCAAAUGAAGAAUAACCUGAGUAUGUUGAGAACAUGGCUGGGGUUGCCAGCAUAUUCGUCACUUGAAAUUGAUCUGGACUUGAGGGACUUCAACACAAACAGAGAGCUUAUAAAAAACAGUAGAAUUGUGUGACUGGGAUGGUCCAUGGGCAAAUCACUUUGCAGCGGUCGAGAAUGAUAUUGCCAUUAUUGUUAUGGCGGAAGUGACAUCAUACUAACCUGAUGGGCGUUAUGUGUGG